UUCCCUCUGUCGACAAGAAUCAUAAAAGCAAAAUAACUGAAACUCCCUGCACGAAUUCAGCUGCAUUCAAAACCCUGUCGGCCAAUUUGCAGUAGACAAUGAUCCCUCCAAGUCCAGCCCCUGCUAAAAUACUCAUAGGCCUCUCAUUUGAUGCCGAGGAAAGCAAAGAGGCUCUCUCAUGGGCAAUCGGAGUUGUAGCCCGUCCAGAUGACAGCAUUGUUGCCGUACACGUUCUUGUUGGGAAGGAGAAGAAGAAUGAGGUAGUGAAGAAAAAGCAAUCAAAAUUCCGCCAGGCAAAAGCCUAUGUCAUAUCUGUGCUUGGAGAAUUCGCCAAGACCUGCCAAUCUAAGCAGAUAAACUUGGAAGCUAGAGUGGUGUUCAGCUCUAGUGUCGGAAAAGGUUUGAUUGAGGAAGUGAAAUCCAUUUCAGCUGACCUUCUCCUCCUUCGUGGCUCAAGAAAACGAACAAAUAGAUUUUCGCAUGAAACUACAGGGUAUUGCUUUGAGCAUGCCCCGGAAAGUUGUACAGUGAUUUCAGUUGGAAAGUGGGGCAGAGCACAACAAUAUUCAGAUCAAUCGAGCUCAGGGUGGUCAAAUGGGAGUAUUGACAGUGACAGGGAAGCCUCCCCUCUUCAAACGCCUACCGUCUCGGACACAAAGAAAGACAAAAAUUCACCAAAAUCUGUACUUGAUGAACUUGGGCAAGAAUCAAACAGCGCAGCAGAUGAUAGCUUUAGCUCUGGAGAGACGAGAAUUUCUGAAUCCCCUCCUCUGGCUUCAAAUUUCAGAAGCCAAUCCAAGACAAGGAAGCAGCCGUCUCCAUGCAGACUUUUUUCCGCAAUCUUUGGCUCUCCAUUAAGGAAAACGAAAGGCAGUUUGUCCGACAAAGAAAGGCAGCAGCCUCUGCUGAAGUGCUUCAGCUAUGAGGAAAUCUCCAAUGCCACAAGCAACUUCCAUCCAGACAAUAUUGUCGGCCGAGGGGGCUACUCAGAGGUAUACAGAGGUGAUCUUUCUGGUGGAAAAACCAUUGCGGUGAAGAGAUUGGCCAAGGACAACAAAGAUGCUAACAAGGAGAGAGAGUUUCUGAUGGAAUUGGGUAUAAUUGGACACGUCUCCCAUCCUAAUACUGCAAGCUUAGUUGGCUACUGCUUCGAAAAAGGAUUCUACCUGAUAUUAGACUUCUCCCAGAAUGGAAAUUUGUCAUCUGCAUUGCAUGGCAAAACAUGCAGAUCACUUGAGUGGCCAAUCAGAUACAAGAUUGCCAUUGGUGUAGCAAGGGGUCUGCAUUAUCUCCAUAAAUGUUGUAAACACAGAAUAAUACAUCGUGACAUAAAGGCCUCAAACGUCCUUCUUGGGCCAGAUUAUGAACCACAGAUCACAGAUUUUGGGCUUGCAAAGUGGCUUCCAAACAAAUGGACACACCGGGCUGUCACUCCAAUAGAGGGGACAUUUGGAUACCUAGCACCUGAGUAUUUCAUGCAUGGAAUCGUGGAUGAAAAGAUCGAUGUUUUUGCGUUUGGGGUUCUUCUUCUGGAAAUCGUAACUGGCCGGAGGCCUGUGGAUUCAUCAAAGCAAAACCUUGUGCUAUGGGCCAAGCCUCUUAUGGAAUCGGGAAACCUUCGCCAACUAGCUGAUCCGAAACUGGAAGGCAAAUAUGAUUUGGAAGAGUUGCAUAGAAUAGUACUGACGGCUUCUCUCUGUGUGAGACAAUCCUCAAUAUGGCGUCCAUCAAUGAGCGAGGUAUUGGAGCUUCUAAGCAGUGGCCAAGACUCCAAGUUUGCAAAGAGUAGGAGGAUUCCCAAGUUCACCUCAGAUGAGUUGGACGAUUAUUCUAUGGCCUUUGGAUAUGAGGUUCCAACAGAAAUUUGCCUGGAGGAUUAUUUGUGAGCAUGGAUGCAGGUCCCAUUUUCAUUUCCCUUGUCGCUUUCUCAUGGUUUUCCAGUUUCUUGUGACAGAAUGAACUGUAGUUGACUGAUUAGUAGAUCAAAACUUGCUUUUUUAUUUUUCCUGACUUCGUAUUUUCAAGUCCUGGAUUAAUCCCACAUCCUUGCUUUAAAGUUAUAUAUAGUGGAACAGCAGCAAGCAAGAAGUUAUAUAUUUAGAAUCUGCAUGUAGAAAUCAGAGCUGUAUCGUCAAAGAGAGUUUUGUAAGAAAAAUUGAAGUUUGCAGCUUUUUUAUAUGGCAAA